GAUUACAAACAUUCAAUAUUACAUUUUGGGUUACACUUCAAAACCCAUCUCUCUCUGUGUCUACUUCACCAUUUCCAUACAAUGCAUCUCUCUCUCUUUCUCACAUACUUCUUCGUUUCCCUCCUCUUUUUUCUCCUCCUUAAAUCCAUAUACUCCUUCAUAUGGGUGCCAUACAGGCUACAAGCUCAGUUCAUCAGGCAAGGCCUACGUGGUCCACCUCGCCGUCUGAUCAACGGCAAUGCAGGGGAUGCUCGGGAGUUGAUUGCGAAAGCCCAAGCCGACCCAUUGCCUCUAGGCCACGACAUCGUGCGCAGGGUCAUCCCUCAAUACUACCACUGGUCAAAGAUCUACGGUAAGACGUUCAUCUAUUGGUUUGGAACCACCCCACGGCUGGCGAUAGGCGAGUCGGAGCUGAUCAAGGAGGUGUUGAUGAACUCUGGUGGGGCCUUCGAGAAGCUGACCAUGAAUCCUCUAUCAAGGCAGUUGCUUGGGAAUGGGGUGGUGAACUUGAAGGGAGAGAAGUGGGCCCAGCAUAGGAAGAUUGCUAACUCGGUGUUGAAUAUGGAACGAGUCAAAGGUUGGGUGCCUUGGAUCGUAGACAGCUGUGAGAAGAUGCUGGAAAGAUGGGAGAGAGAGGGUGAAAAAGCGCGGGAAUUCGAAUUGGAGGUGUUUGGAGAGCUCCAGAAUCUCACAUCCGACGUUAUCUCGAAAGCGGCUUUUGGAAGCAGCUACGAAGAGGGAAAGCUCGUCUUCCAAUUGCAGGGACAGCAAACGUACCUGGUCUCACAGGCUUUACGCACUCUUUACAUUCCUGGAUUCAGGUUCUUGCCUACAAAGAAGAACAUAAUGCGGUGGAAGCUAGACACAAAAAUCCGCGAUUCCCUGCGAAAGUUGAUUCAGAAGAAUGGGGAAGUGAGUAGAAAUUCUGGGAACCUGCUGGAUGUGAUGAUCUUGGCCAAUAAAAAUGAAGCUGAAGGAGAGAGAAUUGGAAACGAUGAAAUGAUAGAUGAGUGCAAGACGUUCCACUUUGCAGGGAAGGAAACAAGUGCUAACCUUCUCACAUGGACUCUUCUCCUCCUUGCAAUGCACCCAGAGUGGCAGCGCAAGGCCCGUGAAGAAGUUCUCAGUGUUUGUGGCCCCCUUGAGCCUCCUUCCAUAGAGAGCUUGAACCACCUCAAAACUGUAGGCAUGAUACUCAACGAAACUCUCAGGCUGUACCCUCCGGCAGUGAUGCUGAUGAGAGAAACAUGCAAGGACGUGAAGCUGGGGAACUUCGACGUCCCAGCCGGCACGCAGAUCUACCUGCCGAUGAUCGCUGUCCAUCACGAUCCCGAUCUCUGGGGAGAAGAUGCAGGGGAAUUCAAUCCGUUGAGAUUUUCCGAUGCAAGAAAGAAUUUAGGUGCAUUCUUCCCGUUUGGAUUGGGGCCCAGGGCUUGUGCGGGCCCCAAUCUGUCGUUGGUCGAGUCGAAGAUCGCCUUGUCCAUGAUCCUACGUCGAUUUUCGUUCUCGGUCUCGCCAGCAUACGCUCAUGCACCCAUGUUCGUGAUAACCUUGUACCCGCAAUAUGGGGUCCACGUCCUCUUCCAGAAGAUUUGAAAUUUCAACGUGUGGAUCCAGAUCCUCUACUUGCCACAAACAGGAUGAUUGAGCUACAUCAUCGUACUAUAGUGUGAGUGAUGAUGUGGACCAAUCAGGAUGUGGAAAAAUAAAAAUUUUCUGUUUAUGUCGAGGAUCCAUAUCCCUGUAUUAAUGUACUGUAUUUCUAUAAUUAAUAAAGCUUUCGUGUUUUCUUUUGCUUGAUAA